AUGAAACGGAGUGUGGCGCGAGGAAAGAAGACGUCGUGCUACUCGAUGUCGAUUGCCAAGUUGGCAUCUCCCAAGGUAAAUAGAAGCAGCGAAUCAGAAAUGACGAAUUGAGUGGCUUUUUGUAGGUGAUCGACAGCACUCGAUACCAGAUUAGCGCCUUCUUAUACGACACGAAGACGUCGCAAAUGUUCGGAAGACAAUGCAGGACCGAGUGGAAACGGGCGGCCAGUGACGGAGAGUGCGUGUUCAAUGAGGUAGAGAACAGUCCGUGAGACGUCACUUAAUAAAGAAUUGAAACAGACUCUGUACUUCUACUCGGUGAUCAACGACAAGGAUCUUCUGCUGGUUCUGGAGUUUGUCGAGGACGGCAUCGAGCACAUUUGUAAGAACUUCUGUGUAUUCACAGAUUAUCAAUAAACUUCAGCCUUUCCAGCUAGCAUAGGAUGGUGUCAGGUAGAGGUAGAGAAGAAGCAAACAGCAGAGUUAUCGGACUUCAGAACGUGAGCUCACCGUUUUCAUAUUAUGUGCAAUCGGAUUAUAUUUCAGCACGGAUGUGUUCGGAGGCACUCCCAAUUUGCUGAUCUUCGACAAGUCAAUAGUUCAUAGAGUAGUCGGACGUGUGGAUUUCACCUACAAAUACCACGAAAUGCCGUGUGUGUUCACUCAAUGUCUUCCUGAAUUCUGUAUCGUUUGCGAUGCCGAUUUCAUUCCGGGAAUUCAAAAAGAUGAUGACGAUCGUGAGCACACAAUAUUUGUUCAAUGAGCAAAUCAUUGUUUUCAGAAUGGUGGCUGAGCACUCCAAAAGAAAUGAUAACGAUUCCGGCGGCCAUUGACUCGAUCGUCAUUCAAUUCAAGAACAAUGUGCCAGAGCUGGAGAGACAGAUUACGAGCGAUAUUGAGAGAGAAUGGGCACUGAAAGAGGGGAACGGACAGAAACCGAAAGCGGUUAUUAUGGAGAGAAAAUUGAGGGUUUGCUAUUUUGCUCGUGAUCUGCAAAACUCUAUGAUCUCCAGAUCGGAGUGCACAACAGUUAUACGUACGUCACAGAGCCGUUCACAGUCGAUUUGGAAAUAAUCGAUGAGAACGCCGGAGGAACUUUGAGGUCUAGGAAGAAACCAAUCGACUUCGGAAAAGGAGCCAAUUGGGAAGAGUGAGCCAGACUUUCAUUUUGAUUUUUCAUUAUUGUUUUCAGAAACAUCGUUUUCCAAGCAGCCGGUAAUCCUCGUUUCCCGCUGCGAAAUCUUUACGCCGACCCCAGAAUGGCUAUAGUUUUUCUGCUGGAAUACACGUUUCACCGAGAAGACAAUCAGAGUCUCAACCAAACAAUUCUCAUCGGAUGGGCCGCCUGGACUCCUUUCUCGGACGGCGUCUUUUCCGGAAAGGAGAUCGGCACGAGAGUUUGUGUGGUUGGAGGUCCACGGCCGAAUCCAGAAGGCGUGCUCUGCUACAAAAACGUGCUGAACCAACCGGAUUCUGUGAAACCAUUGAGCGAGAAGCUCGAGAUAUUUGUCGACUUCAAGUUUUACGAGAAUGGAAGAAGUGUGCACAACACACCGACACCCAGACGGACGGAUUCUGCGAGGGUGUCAACGGGCAGAUCGGAAGCAUCUGGAAGGAAACAUGUGAAGAUCGAGACUCCGAAGACGUCCGAGUACUAUUCUGAAGACGAACCGCAGAAUUCACAUCGUUUCCCGCCUCUCUUGGACACUGGAAGAUCGGUGUCAUCUCCGGAAGAACUGAAAGCUAUCAAUUCGGAUCUUAACAAGUUCAUUGAGCAGCCGAUAGAGAAUCCGGUGCCGCAGAUGCAGGAGACAGUUCAGAAGGCCGUGGAAGAGCCUCGUCCGUUGACUUCUGUCUACAAAAUACCGUUUUCGGACAUGAAACCCUCGAACUUUCCUCGAUCAGUUCACUCUCUAUUUGCUCGAGAAAAGUUCAUUCAUCUGAAAGACAGGAAUGGAACAUCACCGAUUACGGAAGACGUCACUCAAAAGAACCUUGUGGACAUGCGGAUUGAGCAGCUGGACCGACUGGAUACUUCGCAUAUCUUCAUUCAAUUCAUCGCAUUCAAACAGUAUGUUUCUUCUGAAACUGUCGUUAAAUUUUCCGAUCUUCAGGCUGGUUUCCUCGGAUUCUUCUCAACACAGCAAACUGUUUUUCACGAUAAACUUCUUCCGGUUUCCCGAGCUCAACACCGAACAAAUGCUGUUGACAACGAUAGAAAAAGGAGAGCCGAGUCUGUUAACGAGACUGGACAGGCAUGGAAACAUUGAUGAUUCCUCCGGUCCUGGAUUCAUUGUAAGAGCCUCACUACGUUCAGAACUUUAAAGUAAAACUUUGAUUCAGGUAAAGUAUAUAAUCGAAGGAGACGAGGAGAAGAACGAUUUCCUCGAGUUCAUGUCGAACGGCCACGCUUGCAUCGAUGUCUGGGACGCCGACUCUCUGAUCCAUGUCGGCUCAACUAUCGUUCCUUUACGGAAUCUGUACAGGAAAGGAAGGGAAGCCGUGCAGCUGUUCGUGCAAUGUCCGAUUGUGGAGACUGCUUUGGAUUCGGGCGCGAAAGCUUGUGGCUUCCUCUACUUGCGGGUUGCAAAUGUGGGAUUCCCUUCUGUGAACAUGUACGCAGGUGAGUCAUUUGGAACACAUUUAUUAGGCAAUAAAUAGUGGGGAAUGAAUAGAUUACUUAAAUAGUUAGAGAAACGAUUAGUGAGCCCAAGUCUCUGUGACCAGCUCGUAAACUGGCUCUGGCCAUUCGGUGGCAGUCUCCACUUCCUCCGGCUUCUUCUCCUCAGAAGUCUCCUCUGGGACGACCGUCUCUGGAACCUCCUCCUCGAUCUGUCUGGCUUCUCUUUGAACCUUCUCGGCCAGCUUGAUCUUGAGGGUCUGAAGGGAACGGCGCUUACGUCCUCCGCCUCCGCAUCCGCAGCAUCCGCACCCACAUCCGCAUCCACAACAGCAAGGACGGCAGCAAGUGCAGCAACGGGUGCAGCAGCAGGUUCUGCAGCAAGUACAGCAUCUGCGACAGCAACAGCAGCAUCGAGGGCGACAACAGCAACAUCCGCAUCCACAACACCCGCAUCCGCCCUGACGCUUCACUCUUCCGCUGGAUUCUCCGAGGGUGUCGAUAG